GGAAGUGUUUUAUCGAUGGACAUCGGUGUCGAGAUGAAGCCGCAUUAACGUACAUUCGUAUUUUUAGUGUGUGAACCGUAGUUGUCGUCGCUUAUGUACACGCACAGACAUGGAAAGAGAGACACAUAAGAAAACUGAGUGUAUAGAUUGGGGUAGACACGUUUCUGGACAAACUCCGAUGACAGCCAAUAACAUAACAUGGAAGGAGACAUUAGUAAGGAACGCACACGACGGGCUGCCUCAGCCAUCUCCAGAUUGUGACAGAUGCUCGGUAAUAUCAGGAGAGUGCCUCUAUUAUCAUUACGGUUGCGAUGGCAAGGAUGACAGAGGUUGGGGUUGUGGAUACAGGACUAUUCAGACCAUGGCUUCAUGGUUGAGUUUUAACCAACCUACCACUGUGAGCAGACACCCACCUAGUCUUUCUGAAAUACAACAAACUUUGGUGGAAAUAGGGGACAAACCUGAUUCGUUCCUGGGAUCCAGGGAGUGGAUUGGGACAUUUGAGGCAAGUCUUGUUCUUGUCCAGCUCUAUGAUGUUCCCUGCCGCAUAUUGCAUGUGCGGUAUGGCAAGGAGCUUGGCCAAGCCGUAGAAGAUCUUCAUGACCACUUUCUUACCUGUGGGUCACCUGUCAUGAUGGGAGGAGACAGGGACAAUUCUUCUAAGGGGAUCUUAGGUGUGUGCACUGGUAAAUUGGGGAGUUAUUUGCUUGUUAUGGACCCUCAUUACUUUGGCUGUCCCUUGGAUAAAAAGUCAUUGCAAAGUCAAGGUUGGGUUUCAUGGAAAGCAGUUGGUUCUUUGGAUCAGUGCUCUUUCUACAAUGUUUGUCUCCCUCUUACUGCUAAGAAGUGACAGUGUUGGUUUUUCUCCCCUUGAUUAUGUUGUAAUCUGACAAGUUUUGUUUUGCUGUUUCACCCAAUCGCAUGAAUAAAAUAACUAAAUAAAAAUGCAAUUUAUAUCCAUGCUAAUUUUUUUUCUUGCCUUAGCGUGUGCCUCAAAACGGUCACAGUAAGAGCAAAGUAGUAUUUCAAUGUCAUACCACGACAAUAAACUGAUAAAUGAACCACA